CCAAAAUCCUAUCUGAAACUUUGCUUGAAUUGAAAACCCACAAACAUGGUUGACGCCAAGGUAGGAAGAAGACGAUGAUUUCUCGCCGGGAAGGAAAUAGAGAGAAAGAAAAAAAUUUGACUCGUCGCCGGAAGUCAGACCCGUCACGAGGAGGAAGUGAUUGAUAACGCUCGGGAGCUCCACUUCAGAAGCCCAGAAAGCCAAUCUCAACGGCAUCGGAGAAACUUCCCUUUCCUCCUCUUUGCCGCCGAUGAGUCAUCUUUUCACGGCGGACAUCGCGCUUGGAGACUCGCUUGGGACGAUGCAUGAAGACUCUUGUUAUGAAGAGAAGACUGGCGAUUUGUGAAGCUCCGUUGUAGAUCGUCUGCAGGGAAAGAUGGGAAAGAGUAGAGGAGAAGAUGAAGAAGGGUUUCGUUGAAGAAGAAGAAGAAGAGAGAGGAAGGGAAAAGGCACAGAGGGCCACAAUUGGAAUGACUGCCCAAAAACAGGUCAAUGUCAAUUGUCUCCCCCUACCCCAAGUAUUUCUAAUUGACCCCUAACGCGUCAAAGUAGAUUUCACCGCCCCAAAUUGCUCCAUUUAAGAUUUGAAUUGCCAAAUGGGUCAAUCUGGCCCAAUUGACUCAAAAUGAGCCAAUUAAGCACAAUUGAUCCAUCACAAUGUCUCAUCUAAACGACCCCUUAGUCUUUUGCACAAUACUUUAAUCAAAUGUGAUAAUUUUCAUAACUUAAUUUUAUUAUCAUACCACACAAAAGAUUUAUGUAACAUCAUUAUGUAAUAGUUAGAUAAAUAGAAAAUUUAUUAAGUAAACCUCAGGAAGGGAUGGUCUAUUUAUCAAUUAAUUAAAACGCAUUAUGCAAGUUGUUCGUAAUGAUAAAGACACUACAUAAACCUUACGCGUAGAUAUUUAUUUCUUAUGUAUCAAUUAAACACGCAUAUUAAAUAAAUAUUUUGUGAUGAAUAAGACACUACGUAGAGAUUAUGGAGGAAUUAUUAUUUUUUAUACAUCAAUUAAGCAAAUGUAUUACGUAAAUAUUCCAUAAUGAUGAGACACUAUGUAAAGUAUAUGAAGGAAUCUUACGAGAAUGAUUUUGAAAAUUAUUUGAUUUUAAUUAAAUUAUUAAAGGAGUGGAUGAAAUUGAAAUAUAAUUAAUUUCUUACCGCUGCGAAGCGCGGGUCAGAAAACUAGUUUCAAUUUAUUUCCCGUUCAAAGAGAUGAAAACUUAACAUACCCCUUUUCAGCAACUUGAGUUAUUAAGUAAGAGGAGGCAGCGUAUAAUAGGGUGAUCUCGAGUACCUUGGUUUGAUAGAAAAAUAAGUAAAAGAUAUAAUAAUUAAUUGAUGAUCAAAAUUAGAGAGUGUAGAAUUGAGAAUGUUGUAUAAGGCCAGCUGGAUUCGCCUAUGGGAUGCCAAUAUUCCUCCCAAAUUGAAGGUGUUUAUUUGGCAAAUCUUUAAUCGAAUCCUGCUCACUACGGAAGCACUGAUUGAGAAGAAAGUCCAUGUGCACCCCAGAUGCCCCGUCUGUUGAGCAGAGUUAGAAACCUUGGAAAAGCUCUUUCAUUGUACCUGUCUAUGAGUCAUUUCUUUGAUUAUCAGGCCUGCCUGGACUCCAUGAUGUAACUACCUAUGUUUCAAUCAAUAUAUGAUUAUCUUUUGUAAAAUAAAAAUAGUUAACAUUCAAUGAAAAUAAAAAAAAUCAAUUUUAUAUUAAAUAGCAUGUUUAUACUUAAUAAAAAAUUAGAGUGGUUAGAGAAAUAUUAAAAACUUUGUUAAUAAAUAUAUUUAAUAUGAUAUAUAAAUAAAAGAAAGAGAAAAGUAGGAGAUUUUUUUUUACGAAUCAAGAUAUAUAAUCUCUCUCAUUAUGAGAGAUUUGAUAUCCGUAGAUUUUAGAGAUUUGAAAUCUCUAAAGCUAAAAUCCACAAUACAAAAAGCAACAAAAAACAAAACUUUCUAAAAAAGCUAUGGGUUCAAUGAAUUCACGCCCUAAAUCCUGUUCUCCAAACGACCCCUUAAAGUUGUUCUAAUUGAGAAUUUUUUAUUAGAAUAGUUAAAAAAAACUAAUUUAUCAUUACCUAUCUCAUAUAUAUAUAUAUAUAUAUAUAUAUAUAUAGUGCCUACUUCAUUGCACUCACUUUUUUGGAUGCACUGAAUGCACCCAACUCUAAAAGUGGGCAUAAUACAACAAAUUUUGAACUUUAAUUUGUAACAUUAGUCUAAUAUGAUAAUAUAACAUAGAAUCACAACUAAUCAAUCCAUUACUCUAACCCCUUAACCCUCAAUUUUGGAUCCCAACCCAAAACCCCAUAUUGUAAACCUAAACCCUAACCCUAAAUCCAUAAACCCUAAAUCUUUCAAAUUAAAGUAAUGCUUGAAUGAUUUUUGUACAAAUUCAUGUGUUUCUUGUCCAUCAUACUACAAGUGAUGAUUGGCAUUGUUUUCAUUUGCAUCGCCUGCUAAGAAUGACGAUUAUGAGGUAAGUGCAUUGAAUGCACAAAAAAAAAGGGCCCACUUUAGAUGAAAUCAUGGCUACGCUCUUAGAAUUAAGUGGUUUCUUCGUUAACAUCGUAUUAGAGCCUUCGAUCGAGAAGUCAUGGUUUUGAAUCCUAAUGACAACAUCCAAUCUAAACAAUGGUUUAGUGCAAAAAAUGAUAUGUUCAACCUGUACAAACCGAAAGAUUAGUGGUUUUACACAAUGAAUGAUAUCAUUGAUAUGUUCAACUAGUGUAAACUCGAAACCCGCAAAUAUAGACUUUCGUUUGAAAGAGCGAGUAAGAGAUAACAAAAAUUAACAUUUUUUUCCAAGAGUUAAUGGGAUUAAUUAGUUUGUUUCUUAACAUUCUUGUCCAACCUUAUUCAUAGCGGUCCUCUGGUCCUGUGUACAGAGGGACGACCAGACCAAGGCUGCAGCCUCUUGAGAGUGGAGGAGGAAAGGAAGAAGAAUCAGGACCAAACUGAAAUAAAUUCUCCUGACUCCACCUCCAACAACUCAAAGCAACCACAUUCAAUUCCCUCCAUCUCCACCCGCCUCCUCCUCUCUCUCUCUACCUAUCUAUCUUAACAGUUACAGACUCUAUAAGGAAUCCAUCCCCACACCAAAUGAUAGAACGAUGCUAUUGUCUUCAUGGACCCAUAAUUGUCCUUUCUGGUAAGUGUUGCAUUGCAACUGCUAGCUCAAUUAUUCUACUUCCAUGGUUUAAACUCGACAAUUCCCCAAACUUAAAUUCCCUCUCUCUCUCUCCUCUGUUUCGCUCUCCUCUGUUUCUCUCGGUUUACCUGUUCCAGUUCUCUCACCAUUGCAUAUGUUUCAAAGGUUGUCCUUUUAUCAUGAUUUCCACCUCCCCACGCCGUCCUGCCUAGUGGGUUCAGGUGAUUUUAUUUGAAUGUAUGAUGGAUGGAGUAAUUUGCUCUGAUGAAAAGAUGGACACCACCGUCGCCAGCACGACUGCAAGCACUUGGCGGCCGCCGCGAGUCGAUGGCGGUCAUAACCAACUUCACCACAGGCGCUCUAGGAGUGCCACUGAGAAGAACGUGGAAGUACAGAGAAUUCUGCAAUCCAAGUUGAAGAACAAGGAUCACCAAACCGAAAUGCAAAUAAUGUCAUCAUCACCAGCAUGGGCAAGAAGGAGCCAUGUGGCCGUGCAAAGCCCUCUGCGUGAAUUUUCUAGCAGGAAUGACCCUUCGAACCACAGAGCCUCCCUAGAGAAAGAUGUUGAGCUGCUCCAGUUAAGGCUGCAGGAAGAAAGAUCAAUGCGUUUGAUGCUUGAACGAGCCAUGGGCCGUGCUUCCAGUACUUUGUCCCCUGGUCACAGGCAUUUUGCUUCUCAGACAAAGGAGUUGAUUUCCGAGAUCGAGUUGCUAGAACAAGAGGUAACAAACCGUGAGCAGCACGUGCUAACGUUGUACAGAACCAUAUUCGAUCAGUGUGUGACUAGUACUAGUAGGGCAACUUCACAGCAAAGCUCGAAUGUGGCUUCUCCUUCCCAUCCUCCUCCUCCUGCUCCUGCAAAGCAUUUGUCAUCUCCAUCGUCCAAUCAUAAUAAGAAACAUCCAAGGAUCAUCUCAAGUGCUUUCUGUUCUUCCAAGUUGUUCCCCUUGAGACCUCUGCAGUCACUUGUUUCCAUCAAUGGUGGCGGUGAAUCGGGGAAGAGACCAUCAAGUAGGGCAAAUGUUGGUGCUAGUACGUUGUUUGGUAGGAAAGACAAUCGGCUGCACAAGUCCUGCUCCAGCCAAGUUAAGGUUCAUCAAAGGGGUGCAUCAUCAACACUAGUGGAAAGAUCAGUGUCAAUUCAGCAGAAGACUCUGAAGGAUCAUCUCGAUCAAUGUCCAAGCAAGCUCUCCGAGGAGAUGGUGAAGUGCAUGGCUGCAGUGUACUGCUGGCUAUGCAGCAGCUCCACGCCAGGUGGCGCGAACCCAUCUGUCAAAGGCCGGUCGCCUCUGUUGUCGAGGUCGUCCACCAAUGUCGUGCUUCCAAGGCGAGGAAACAACGUUGUUAACGGAGAGCAGAUCAGCCAAGAGGAAGAAGAUUGGUCUUGCAAAUCGACUGUGGAAGUUUGUUGGAUAUCGACUGAUAAAAGCCGGUACUCUUGUGCAUCCUAUGCCAUUGACCACUACAGGGUUCUAGUGGAACAGCUGGAAACAGUGACAGUAACCCAGAUGGAACACGAUGCUCAAGUUGCAUUCUGGAUCAACGUCUACAAUUCCCUUGUGAUGCAUGCAUAUUUGGCCUAUGGCAUCCCCCACAGCUCCCUGAGGAGGCUAGCUCUGUUUCACAAGGCUGCUUACAACAUAGGUGGCCACAUCAUUAGCGCAAAUUCCAUUGAGCAUUCCAUCUUCUGCUUCCGGACACCUCGUGUUGGGAAGUGGCUUGAGACCAUUCUCUCGACGGCGCUGCGGAAGAAAUCAAGCGAAGAAAGGCAGUUCAUUUCUUCCAAGUUCGGCCUCUCAAUUCCUCUGCCGCUAGCCUGCUUCGCCCUCUGCACCGGCACAUUCUCCGACCCCGUGCUGAAGGUGUACACGUCAUCAAACGUCAAAGAAGAGCUGGAAGCUGCAAAGAAGGAGUUCCUGCAAUCGAACGUCGUGGUGAAGAAGUCGAAGAAGGUGUUCCUCCCGAAACUGCUCGAGCGGUUCGCGAAGGAAGCUUCGAUGACGAUGAGCUCCGACGACGACGAUCUGAUCAAGUGGGUGGUGAAAAAUGUCGACAAGAAGCUCGGAGAUUCGAUUGAGAAGUGCGCCGGUGACCGGAAAUUGGGGAAGAAGCAGGCGUCGAAGGUCGUAGUAGUGGAGUGGUUUCCUUAUAGUUCUAGAUUCCGGUACGUGUUCUCCAAAGACUUGACUGAAAAGCCAUGGUGGGUAUGAGAACAAAAACAAGAAAGAUUGGACAAGUAUUCCUCUGUACAUAUGCAAUGUCAUGCUCUUUCUCCCAACGUUGAAUCUUAAGAGUUUCAUCUUGUGGUUUAGAAAUGCGCACGGACGGUCGGAUAAUUUGUCGAAAUCGUAGAAUGGCUUGUUUGGAACAGGGUGCUAUAGAAUAACAACACCCUUAAUGU